UGACCUCGGAUGUGCUUCUGUUAAGUGCCGUUGUCACGAACUGGGGGUAAAUCAAAACGUUAGCGGGCAGCGCCGAAAGCUUUCAUUUACAAAUAAAAACAAUUUAAAACUCACUCAAAGCACAAAGUUGGCUCUGUGGCGGGGGGCUGACUAAGAUAAUCUGCAUUGUUAACUUUCGCACCAGCCAGAGCUCACUGUGCCUGGACUAUCGCUGUGAAAGAUGAGUGGUGAAUCUGAUCCCAACAAAGAGUUUGUGGAGCAGCUGCGAAUGCAGGAGCUCUAUGGUCAGAGAAAUGAAGAUGGCUCAGACCCCUACACCUACACUGAUCCAGAGGAUGGAACUGUGUAUGACUGGGAUCGUGAAAAGAAGGCCUGGUUUCCCAAAAUAACAGAGGACUUCAUCGCAGCCUACCAGUCCAACUAUGGGUUUCCUCAGGAAGCAGCUCCAGAUGCAAACAAGGCCGCCUUGAGCAGCACCAAGCCAGCAGCUCCUGGACCAGACAGCAAGCCACCAGAAAAACCAUCAGAAAAGGAGAAACCAGUAGAUCCCACCCCAGACUCAGUCUCAGACCAGCAGUCAGCCAAAGAAGCCAAGCAGAAAGGGGAGAAGAGGAAAGCUGAACCAGGAUGGUUUGAUAUUGAUGAAAGUAAAAACACAAACAUCUAUGUGUCAGGCCUGCCUCCUGACAUCACCUCCGAGGAGUUUGUCGAGUUGAUGUCCAAGUGUGGGAUUGUAAUGCGGGACCCCAUCACUGAGGAGUACAAGGUCAAACUCUACAAAGACAAAGAAGGAAAUCUGAAGGGAGAUGGUCUUUGCUGCUAUCUCAAGAAGGAGUCAGUGGAACUGGCUAUACGCCUGAUUGAUGAGUCAGAGGUCCGAGGAUAUAAACUCCAUGUGGAAGCAGCACGGUUUGAGCUAAAGGGGCAGUAUGAUGCCAGCAAGAAGAAGAAGAAAAACAAAGAUUAUAAGAAGAAGCUACAGCAGCAGCAGAAACAGCUCGACUGGAGGCCAGAGAAGAAAGGAGAAGUGAGGAAGAGGCAUGAAAAAGUUGUCAUCAUCAGGAAUAUGUUCCAUCCCAGUGACUUUGAGGAAGACCCACUUGUGCUGAAUGAGUAUCGUGAGGAUCUGCGGACUGAGUGUGAGAAGUUUGGCGAGGUCAAAAAGGUCAUCCUCUUUGAUAGACAUCCUGAUGGCGUGGCAUCAGUUGCAUUUAAGGAGCCUGACCAAGCUGAUGCCUGUAUUCUGUCAUUCAAUGGGCGCUGGUUUGGAGGAAGGCAGUUAUCUGCUCAGCUUUGGGAUGGAACAACAGACUAUCAGGUAGAAGAGACGACACGCGAGCGAGAGGAGCGGCUGAAGGGUUGGUCUCAGUUCUUGGAGGGUGGAGGUGGAGAUCAGCAGAAGGACCCCAAACCAGCAGAGAGCAGCACAGCAACAGAAGCCAGCGAGCCCUCCAGCACCACUGAACCCGAGCCGCACCCAGAGACAGAACCACAAUCGUCAGAAGAGCAACAGGAGCAGGAAGUGGACUCCACUGACAGCAGCCUAGCAGGAAGUGAUGAUGAAGCAGCGUAGACACUCUCAUCUUCAUUUCAUGGCCCCCAUGUCAACCACCUAAGACAGUCCUGCUUAAAGUGAACUGUGGCAACACUUUCUGUUGAGAAGGAAGAAGCGAUUUGGACAGUUUGAGCUGUUUUGUAAUGUAGAAAAAUAAAAUAAUUUUGUCUACCCUAUUUUCAUCAUUUUGGUUCACCCUGUAAUUACAAAUGCACUCGACCAGCUUGUUACUCCGUACAGCUUUCCCAUAAUUCACUGCAGUUUGCUGACACUAUGUUUUAUGCUGGCAAUUCUAAAUAUUAAUGACAAAAUACAGCAAAAGAGACUGAA